CAGCUGAAAAAAUCCUCAUACCUGUUCAGUAUGACUUUAAUUUGCCCAACACAUGACACAAAAGGCACAGUCUUUGAUUUUUUUUUCCCUUUACCCAUCUCCUUUAGUCAUGUUCCUGAAUCCCUAGGACUUUUUGGGUAAGUUCACAUAGCUCAGAGGAAGUUAUAGGAUGGCUUUAUUAUAGUUACCCCCGAGAUAUCUGCAUACCUUUGGCUACCAGUGUUUAUUAGGGAGCAGUAAUUGACCCCAAUACAGGCUGUGGAUCAUGCAGAAAGGCAAACAGGUAAAAAUAAGAAUGCAGAAACACAAUGCAAAUUGAGCAAGAUAAACUGGGACUAAUUUCAGCCAGCUUCCAGAUUUCUGGGAGCAAACUUCACCUCACUUGAAUUUUCAAGUCAUUGGCCCUAUCAUGCUAUUGCAGUGCAGUAUUGGUAUGAGAAAAAGAGAAAUUAGGAGCACAGCAGAUGCCUUUGUCCCCCCCACCCAGCAGUCCCCAUGGCAGCAGCCCAGGGCUGGGAAUGCAGCCGUGGGGGUGAGCAGGAGCGACGCUCUCCUGUUGCAGAUCCCUGGUGUGCGGCUCGGCAGGCCGGGACCUGCCCGUGCAGCUCCUGCCCCAGCCUGGCGUGGUCUGCAGGAGGCACUUCGUGGGACAGAGGUGAGGUGUUGCCAUUUGCUGAGGAAUGUGUUUGGAUACAUCACUAAGGGUGAGCCCAGCUGAUGCACCUUCCACAAGCCCAGGCCUUGGAGCCAGCAAAGGCUGCUGACGGUCCCCACCUGAGACAAGAGCCCAUCUGGGGCUCUGCUCUGCCCUGUCUCGCUCUUAGCAGGUGCUCUGUAGAGACGGCUUGAGGUCACACCUCUCCCUUCUGUGCCUUAACAUAAAAGGAGUGUGGCCCUAAAGAAAAAUACUUUUUUACAGACUACAGGGGAGGUACUGAUUUACAAGCUGUGACCCUCUGCUGGUGCAGUCUGCACCAGGUUAUCAGAACUGGAGGGAUCUUUUGACCUGGCCUUGCAGAGCCUCACGUCUCAGCUGCAGAGUGGGAGCCUGUAUCCCCCCCAGCCAGCCCAGCGCUCACUUCUGUUUUCGCUUUCUUUCCUAACCAUCAUUUAUUUCCUUCUGUGGUAGUUUACAGACAAGAAGCACUGGCCUCCCCCUCCCUCUCCACCUCCUUCCCAGCCAUGUGACUGAGCACUCCCUGCAUCAAGUGAAACUUUUCAGUCCCCAGGAAAUCUUGAUUUUCUCUCUGCCUGCUCCAAGGUGAGAAGCAGCAUCUCUCCCACCUGCAGCCGUGCUGGCCAUGGGGAGGAGUGCAUGGCAGCUCAUCCUGCUGACCUUCGGCUGUGGAGGAAGGGCUUCAGGGUUCAAGCUGACAUGGCUACAACAAAACCAUAAAUAAAUAUCUGGAAUUUCCCUGUGUCCCAGACUGGUUUCCCAGACUAUUGCGAAUCACUGUAAGACCAUUGCUCUGCCUUCACAUGCACCUUCCCUCUCCCUUUACUUUGUUGGUAAGUAACCAACAACCCCUUUGCCUGUUACACCCUCUUCAUCUUCCUUAGACCUCAAUAAUUUACUUCCAGCAAAUCCUGCUUUACUACUGCCUGCAGGGAACUCUUGUGCUGCCUGAGGAUUGUGCACGGUCUGCUCACACCUCUGGUGUCCUCUGGCUUCUUCAGUGUGUGGAGAGCUGGGAGCCAAUGUGCUGCCACUGCAAUGGGUAUAUUCAGAGGUGUGAAACUUGGGGGAGUGGUGACGAGUUAUGGAUAGUCUUACAGGCUGUCUGCCUUCACUCUCCUGUCAUGACUGGAGCCAAAUGAAGAAUAAAAUCAUGUCACAUCACCCAUUUGAUAACAAAACAGUGCAGUUUUGUUGUGGGGAUCAACAGAAGUGUUAAAGGUAAAGGUUUCCAGACUACUGACUUUAGUUUCUUUGCAGCAUUUUCCUCCUGCCUUGCUGAAGUGGCCUCGAGGGUUGAACUGUCUCCAGAAACCACGUCCUUCCACCAUAUGGCUACUUCUGCUCAGCCACUUUCCCUUUAUCAUUCCUCACCCCAUCGAAGCACCACAGUUCACUUUAACAGCACAGUCUCUCUUGAAACAACACCCACGAGCCACGGAACAACUGUGCAGACAACAGAGCAGCACCAGGAAACAGCAGCUCUAGGCCAGCACACGACAGCCCAGGCAGGAGCUGGAACACCCAUCACCACCACGACACCAGCAGACAACACCAGUGCAGCUGGCCAGGCCACAACCCAGGCCAUGCACAGGGUCACACCUGCAGGGAAGAACACAACCACCCCCUCUGUGUCCUCCGCACACACGAGCACAGCAAUGACAGCCACCAACGCAUCCCUAAACCACACAACAGCAAAUACUCAAGUGACAGCUGCUGCCACCACCUCUACAGCCACCAUGCAGACGGUCAAAGCCACCACACAGUCAGGAAAACAAACAACAGCGACCAGAAACUCAACAGCCACAGCCAUGACCAGCACAACAACCGCCCGUCCAGGGACACAAACAGCCAUCCCAUCUACUGUGGUGACAGUGAGACCCACUCCUGCCCCACGGCCUUCUCCCAUCCCCACUGGCACAUACACCAUUUCCAGUGGGAACAGGACCUGCAUCAAAGCAGUCAUGGGUCUGCAACUGAUGGGUCAAAAUACACAAAAGGAGCAGAUGGAGUCUGUGAUUGUCAACCCCAAUGCGACACAGACAUCUGGAAGCUGUGGGAUGGUGCAGUCUCAGCUGAACUUAACUUUCAGUGGAGGAUUUGUGAACUUCACCUUUGUAAAGCAAGCUCCAAGUUACUUUGUCAGUAACAUUGAGAGCAGAGUACAGUUAUCUUCUGAAGGUAUGUUCUACUAUGCAGCCCUAAAUGAGAAGCUGUUUACAACAAAGCUGGGGAAUUCCUUUAAGUGUGCCAGCAGGCAAACCUUCACCUUGGAGAAGAACUUCCAGAUCCUCUUUGUUCAUAUGCAGCUGCAGGCGUUUGAUAUUGUUGGUAACCAGUUUGGAAAAGAAGAAGAAUGUUUUCCUGACAGAAGCAGCAAAGCAGCUCCCAUCGCAGUGGGCCUGAGUAUCCUGGGGCUGUUUGUCAUUGUGUUUGUUACUUUCCUGAUUUCCAGGAGGAAGCCACAUAGAGGAUACGAGCGCAUCUGAGGUGCCCUUGUACUUCCAAAUGGGUGUAGCAAGCAGAGAAGUCACGGGAGUUUUAGCUUCUGCCUGGCAAUCUCACUGCCCUGAAGCCACAUUUUUAAGUGAGAUGACACCAUGUGUUUAAAUCUAAUGAAUAUUUCUGCAAGUAGUUUCUUUAGGGUAGGAAGGAGACAACUCACAUCCUCUACUUUAGGCUAUUCUUAGCAUCUAAUUUAGAUGUAGCCCAGAAGACCAAAAUGAGGAGCCUAAAUUCUCUGUGUUAUCAACAAAGGAGAUAAUUCAGACCACCUAAGUCAGAUUCCUAGAAAUAGCUUAAAGCAGUAUUGGUAUCCCCAAGAAAAUCCAUCAGGUUUGUUAAUUAUAAUAUUUAGAUUUAUUAAAAUAUAUAAGUUUGGUGAUAUGACUUUCAAAUGAAUAAAGCAGAGAUCCAGAGCUACAGACAACCCUGUUAAAUUAAAGCUCAAUGAAAGCCUUGUGGGAACACUGUGUGUGCCAAAAUCUCAGGGUAAGUGUCAGUGUGACUCCAUUCACAAGCAAGUUCUCAGCAGUCCUACAAAGAGUUACACUUCCUAAGUGCUUGGGUUUUUUCCUAUUAAGCCCUUUGCAAAGGCACAGUGGUAAUACGUGACUCUUACUCUGGAGCUGAAUAUGUCACAGUCUUGUGAGAGCUCACGAACCACCCAUGUCCUGUUCAGACAUGGACCUGUUACAGUGACCACCACUGAGCCCAGUAACUGCCCCUCUUCUGAGAUGGCAGCACUGGGAUCUCUGAAUCUGGGAAGAUGCCACACUCAUUGGAAAUGCCUGGGAUUCAGUGACCACCAUUGUGGCAGAUCUGCCCGAGGUCCCUGAGAAAUGGAAAUCCACUGACACUGUAUGUUUAAGGCUUCUCUAAGAGCUAAAAGCUUGCACAGCCCUUGGACAAAUUCUCUGUCCAAAAGCGAAUGUUAUCCAGCAUGCUGGAUUUUCAUGUGGAAAUAAUUUGGAGUUGCUUUAAAGCACAUUAAUUGAUACACUCUGCAGUUUAUUUCCUGCUAAACCGAUGAUGAAGGCAUGAGAGUAGUAAUUGCUUUUGAGAUUAAGUCCAGCUCAUGUUCUUUGUUGUAAAAAGGAAAAGCUCCUUGUUUACAAAGGAGAUUUACAAAGCAAAUGUGCACACACACACACAUACAUGCAUGUGCACACACCAUACAAUCUGCUCACUGAAGCCAAUGAUGUCCAAAUGAUAAGAAAUUAUAUACAAAACUAUUUGCAAAAGAGAAAAUAACAUUAAACUCCUCCCCCUAAGGAGUUAGGGUAAGGGCUUAAAUUUUACUAAUAAAAGUUUGGCCUGGAAAAGGACUGUGGAAUGGUACUCAUUAAACAAAAGAAAGACUGAAAUCAUAUGCAAAAAUACAUUGCUAGUUUAAUCUGUAUCUAAACAAAAUAUAAAUGCUAUGAGCUAAUUUCAUUUCAAUGAAGAAUGGCCCAAAUCCUGAGCAGUUGUGAAUGACGAUGCAACCUCACUGGAUUUUCACUGGGUAAAACUGGUCAUUGUAUCUUGUCAGUUUAAUUUCCCUUAAGUAUUUGUAAACAGUUCUGAAAUUUUACUAGUAUUUAACGAUUGUGAGUUGACUUCUUUAAAUUGAGAAUGAAAGGAAAUAUUUUCAUUCCAUGAAUUACUAAAAGAUGUUGGUCUGUGUGAAGUAGGAAACAUGGUCAUACUGUUCCAUAAUCAGUAUAAUGUGUAGCUGUAGAAAUAAUUAAGUCUCCAAAAAACAUUCCCUUUGAAUCUGAAUGAACCAAUAAAUGAGAAAGAUAAAGACAAUUCCGAAGCACUUUUGCACUUGGAGAAACAUCAGAGAGAAGUCAGAAGCAGCUGUGAGCACAGGGGCAGAAGAGUACGUUUAUAAGGUAAAGUAGCACAAGCAAUGGGAUACCAAACUUUCCAACCUUUAAUAGGGAGACAGUGAUUUAACUGUAUUCAGUUUAAAGCUCAGAAUGGUCUGACCCUAAGCUGUUCUGCCCAGUGAUCAAUAAACCUCUCCCACUCAAAGCUAA